AUGACCACAGUGAACAAACUGCACAAUAUAAAAAGGCAUGAGCUCUGGAGUGAAACACCAAGUAAGAAACACCAAGGUCAUCCAGCAAAUCUGCCCGACCUUAUUUCUUCCACGGAAACCGCGAAAGGUUUUGCAGCGGGGACCCCCAGCCCGGGGACCUCACGGCUGCCUUUGCCACUGGGGCUCAUGGGUCGGCGCCGGAAAAGGGCAACGCUCGCCUGCAAGGCGGGGAACAGGGCAGGACGAGGUCGGGUGGGGUUGGAUGUCCCCAGGGGCGCCCCACUCACCCUCCGGACCUCCCCCGCCCGCCGCCGCCCCUCACCCAGCCUGGGGCCUGCAGGGACGGCAGAGGACAAGGAGGCCGGAAACACUGACACCCACACGGAACUCACCUGCCGCCGAGCACUUCCGGGUCUGGCAAGACUUGGUGGCCAGAGCGCCCUUCCCCGCCCCCGGGGACGCCGCGAGGUCGCUGCUGCCCCCUCGUGGUCGCUCCUCUCCCGGAGGCCGGCUCCCCUCCUCUGCGCCAGGGACAGCUCAUCCUCAAUUAGAAAGACUGCGGAUCGCCAUCCAAAGGGCGGGGUUUCUGUUCCAAAAUUUCACAACGUUCCUUGGUUUAGUGAGGCUAGCCUCAUCAACAAGCCAUUAGUGCUCAGCCUCCCCAAAAGAUCUCCUCAGUCCUCUGCUACUUUUUUGACUUCAUACAAGAAGAAUAUGGAUUUACCAAUUUCAUGUCAAGUUCCAGAUGUCUUAUCUAAGACCAGGAAGAACCCUGAAUUGCUCAGAAAUAGAAAGUUGUGCUCCACAUGUCGAGAACUAAAAAUGAUAAAACCAACAACUGUGGUAAUUCCACAUGAUCUAAAACUAUCCUUUGAGAAUUUUAUGCGUCAUAGGAUGAGUUCUCAUCAAAGCCAAGCCCAGUCUUCCUGCAAUGACAUCCCAACAGAGAACAUUCACUACAGACUUCCCAUUGUGGGCCCCAGGACAGCUGUCUUCCACGGACUACUGUCAGAUGCCUAUAAAACUCUGCAGGAGACCCAGCAUUCUUCCUUGCCCAGAAAGGAACCAAUGGCCAAGACAGUAAAGCAUUCAGUGGUCAGAGCUCAUCACCUCCCAGAAUCCCAGGGAAAAAACAACCUCUCCAAGCCAGUCUCUGGCACUGGUGCUUUCUCCUCAUCAUUUCCUCCUUUUUCCAAAAAG